CUCAUUCUCUCUCUCUCGAGUUAACUAUGUCCGUCGAAGCUCUCUUCACCCCAGUUCAAAUUGGCGAUGUCACGGUCAAGAACCGCGUCCAUAUGUCGGCCUUGACCAGAAAUCGCGCUCCUAAUACGGUCCCUUACGACCUCAUGAAGGAGUACUACGUCCAGCGUGUCCGAGGCGGCGCUGGGCUCAUCGUAACUGAAGGUGUUUUGAUAGUCCGCCAGGGAACUGAAUGGGCGCACGCUCCUGGAAUCUGGAGCGACGAGCAAGUUGAAGAAUGGAAGAAGAUCGUUGACGCAGUUCAUGCUGAAGGAGGUCAUAUCUAUGCUCAGCUCUGGCACUUGGGCCGUGUUUCGCACCCUGACGCUCCUGAGCAGAAGUUGGCUGGUACUCCUGUCUAUGCUCCUUCCGCUGUCUCUGCCAGAGGAGGGAAGUUCCGCUUUAUCGAAGGCCAGCCUGGUUAUGUCACGCCGACUGCCAUCGACGACCCCACUGUACUCAUCGAGCAAUUCCGCCAGGCUGGAAUCAACGCCAAGAAGGCAGGGUUUGAUGGUGUAGAACUGCAUGGAGCCAAUGGAUACCUCAUCGCUCAAUUCCUGGACAACAACUCCAACAAGCGCACAGAUCAAUGGGGCGGGAGUGUAGAGAACCGCUCGAGAUUCGGCCUGGAGGUCCUCAAGGCGCUAAAGGAGUCUUUUGGAAACAACGUUUCCGUCAAGCUAAGCCCUGCCGGAGGUUACAACGACAUGGGAAUGCCGCUCCAAGAGACCCUCGAUACCUACCGUUACUUCAUUACUGAGGCCGAUAAACUCGGUUUGUCUUACUUCACUCUGCUUCGCUACUGCCCCAAGCUCGACGUCGAGUACGAUGGCCAGAAACGGGCAACUCAACACGACGUUCUGGAGUCUUAUCGCCCUUACAUCAAGAACGCCAAAGUGGUUCUCAAUGGCGACCUUAGUGGAGAAGAGGCUGCGUCGUUGAUCUCAUCGGGCAAGAUCGAUGCAGCAGCGUUUGGGUUCGUCUGGGUCACCCAUCCGGACGUCGCUAACCGCAUCAAGGCUGGGAAGCCUCUCAGCAAUCCGCCUAAUUUCCCCUUGAUGCAGAUUGGGGAGGGUGAAGACCCCAAGAAUUGGGGCACUGGAUACCUCGAUUAUCCUGCUUCUGAGUAG